AUGCCAGUGCCGCUACUCUCAUGCCAGUGCUGCUACCCUCAUGCCAGUGCCGCUACCCUCAUGCCAGGGCUGCUACCCUCAUGCCAGGGCUGCUACCCUCAUGCCAGUGCCACUACCCUCAUGCCAGGGCUGCUACCCUCAUGCCAGUGCUGCUACCCUCAUGCCAGUGCCUCUACCCUCAUGCCAGUGCCCACAACCCUCAUGCCAGUGCCUCUACUCUCAUGCCUUUGCCGCUACCCUCAUGCCAGUGCCUCUAACCUCAUGCCAGUGCCACUACCCUCAUGCCAGUGCCUCUACCCUCAUGCUAGUGCUUCUACCCUCAUGCCAGUGCCACUACCCUCAUGCCAGUGCCUCUACCCUCAUGCCAGUGCUUCUACCCUCAUGCCAGUGCAGCUACCCUCAUGCCAGUGCCGCUACCCUCAUGCCAGUGCCCGCUACCCUCAUGCCAGUGCUACUACCCUCAUGCCAGUGCCACUACCCUCAUGCCAGUGCUGCUACCCUCAUGCCAGUGCCCGCUACCCUAAUGCCAGUGCCCGCUACCCUCAUGCCAGUGCCCACUACCCUCAUGCCAGUGCCUCUACCCUCAUGCCAGUGCCACUACCCUCAUGCCAGUGCCUCUACCCUCAUGCCAGUGCUUCUACCCUCAUGCCAGUUGCUACCCUCAUGCCAGUGCUGCUACCCUCAUGCCAGUGCUGCUACCCUCAUGCCAGUGCUGCUACCCUCAUGCCAAAGCAGUUGUAUUAA